AUGGGGUGCUGCUUCAGUAAGGAGGUGGGCCCCGCUCCAGUGACAGAGAGGAGCGGUCUGUUGCAGCCUCAGCCGAACGACGGGCGCGGUGCCGUGACAGAGCAGGUCAGGCAGCACGCAGUGGCCGUCACCAAGCAUGUGGGUCUGGAAGAAGAGGCAAGCCAUGUGGCUCAUGGACUGAAUCGACCGAAGCCCACUGAGGAUGAGGAAGUAUGCUCUGAAGUGGGGGUCACAGGCCGGACCGGGGCGGCUGCCAUCCUUGGUGAAGGGACACAGCGGAGCAAUGAGGACUGUAAAGCUGGUGGCACAAGCGAGGUGGAGCGGUCUAUUCCUGUCGCCGUGAGCACAGAGGAACCUACACACCGGGACGCAGCAGCCGGCGUGACACACGGGUCCAACUGUGAGCAGGGUCCCUACAUGGAGGUAUUGACUCAGAGUCCAGCUCGACAGAAGAUUCUGGAGAAUGCUGCUCUUCGGGCCUCCUGGUUUAACCAAGGCACUGAAAGGACCCAGGAUUGUGUGAGCCGCCUGGCCCAUCCACCAGAACCCAUCCCAGCUGCGGUUGUCAGUGGAGGCGCGGGCUCAUAUGAACCUUUAGCCAUGUGUCGGGUGAAGCAGCCGGAGCAGGUUGUUGAGCAGCUCUGCAUUGUCACGACGACUCUCGGUCAGGGUUUUGAAGCCAGAACCCAGAACUUCUACAGCAUCUGUUCAAUUGAUGCCAGUGAGUUGGGCUAUGACCAAGACCACCAACUGGAACCCGACCAUCACUCUGACUGCCUGAGUGGGGGGCAAACCCACCCUCCGACUGACCCGAGUUUGCAGAGGGACACUCGACCUGUCCACUGUGAGUCUUCUGCCCCAGACCAGGACCAGGACAGGCACUCUGGCAAUCAGCCUGACCUAGAUGAGGCCUCACCCCUUCACACGUGUCAUAACACUGACCACACACAAGAUCUAGACUCUAUCCCUGACCGCGGUGAUCCCUGGGACCAAUACCACGAAUCUGACCAUCCCACAACCAUUUCGUCCUUACAAUCACCUGCUGCUUCGUGUCUGGUGGAGGCACUGCUCGUCGGACAAUCGAACAUGUGCCCAGUCACCGUCAUGUCAGACAUCUGCACUGUCACUGGACAGUCGGACAUCCAGUCAAACUUCUGCACACUGUCAGAACAGUCAGGUUUCCGUACAGAGGUGCCCUCCAUCACAGGACAGUUGGACAGCUGCAACUGUAGUGGACAGUUGGACACUCAUUCAGACAUCUCCACCAUCCCAGUACAGUCGGGCACCUCCACCAUCCCUUCGGGCACCUCCACCAUCCCAGUAGAGUCGGACAUCUCCACCAUCCCAGUACAGUCGGGCACCUCCACCAUCCCUGUAGAGUCGGACAUCUCCACCAUCACCGGACAGUCGGACAUCUAUACCUUGACCGUACAGUCGGACAUCUCCACCAUCCCAUCGGACAUCUCCACCAUCACCGGACAGUCGGACAUCUAUACCUUGACCGUACAGUCGGACAUCUCCACCAUCCCUUCGGACAUCUCCACCAUCACCGGACAGUCGGACAUCUAUACCUUGACCGUGCAGUCGGACAUCUCCACCAUCCCAUCGGACAUCUCCACCAUCACCGGACAGUCGGACAUCUAUACCUUGACCGUACAGUCGGACAUCUCCACCAUCCCAUCGGACAUCUCCACCAUCCCUGUAGAGUCGGACAUCUAUACCUUGACCGUACAGUCGGACAUCUCCACCAUCCCUGUAGAGUCGGACAUCUAUACCUUGACCGUACAGUCGGACAUCUCCACCAUCCCAUCGGGCACCUCCACCAUCCCAGUAGAGUCGGACAUCUCCACCAUCCCAGUACAGUCGGGCACCUCCACCAUCCCUGUAGAGUCGGACAUCUCCACCAUCACCUCUGACAUCUCCACCAUCACCGGACAGUCGGACAUCUCCACCAUCCCUGUAGAGUCGGACAUCUAUACCUUGACCUCGGACAUCUCCACCAUCCCAGUCCAGUCAGACAUCUCCACCAUCCCACGUGGACCGUCAGACACCCAAUCAGAUGUCUCUGCCCUCACAGGACAGUCUGAUGUCCAGCAAGAGGUCGGCGUCAUCACCGGACAGUCAGACAUCUGCUUGGGAACUAAUACAUCUGAUGAAGCUUCACAGUCAAUUGAAGAAUCAACGUGUUCCUCUAAUAAGCCGGGACUGCCUGACCAUCAUUCUCUGCUGAUUCUGCACGACCCAGAAGAGAGGUGCCCCCCAUGCCCUCACACAGGGGGAGGAACAACCCAGUGGACUCCCACAGUCACAGAUAAAGUUAGCAAAGAUGCUUUUGCUGUCCCAGACGAGGAGAUGCUGUUGCAGGACAAACUACUCGUGGAGAGUGUUUGCCCAGACCAGAUCUCUGCGACAUACCCAGUCAGUCCAGAAAAGAAUGCAGAGUCAGCGAGUGAGCUACAGGAGCCAGAGCAGGAGCCGAGUUCCACAGUGUUGUUCCAGGACGGUGCUCAUAGCAGUACUGCAGACACCUGUCUCACUGAAGCGUCCCUUGACUCUGCGCUGUCCAGUCCACUGGUUGGUUCCAUGGUCUUCUGCUGUAGAACCAACCCAACAGAUGAAACUAAAGUAGUGUCAAACACUUUGGACGUGAAUACCAACGAUCCUGGGAUUAACUCGAGCGGCAUCGCUAUCCUCAGUCCAACCUCACAACUAGACGACAUUGUUGCUCAAGACAGCACCAUCACUGACCUCUGUCAGAACCCAGGCACAGUGGUGGACCUAGGUCAGGUGGACCUCUACGCCACAACUCCAUCUUAUGAGAUCCACCUCCAAAGACAGGGUCCAUGCCUGGCGGCAGAGGAGGUGGAGGCAGAGGGAGGGAUGAUGGAGAUGGUGUCGGAGCUGCUGGGUGAGGAUGCGGGCGCCUGUCGCCUCUUCCCUCAACCCUGGAUCCGUCUGGGUGUGGAGCAGAGCUGUGAGAACUGGGCCCAAGGUUCCCAGGGAGAGGAGGAGGAGGAGGAGCUGAGCAAGGAAGCUGAAGGAGACGAAAUCCCAGCCUCUGUGUCUGAGCUCCAGCCCUCCAUGGCCUUGCUGGGGGUGUAUCCCUACAGCACAGUGAUGCCCCAGGGCAACUGUGUGUGGGAGUGGCACAUGGACGCACCACAGACUGAACCAGUUGCUGCACCAACCCUGAACCCCAACGCUGAGAUCUGGACGAGUCACUGCCUCGCUGUCCCUGAGCCGGCCCCUCCACCAGACCUGCUGCCGUGGCUGCCCUACCACAGUGAACAGAUCCGACAUGAGGAUUUCCCUCCCAUCUGUGAGCUGGAGCACUCUGGCCUGCCCGAGGCGCCGACGGAUCCUGGUGCUGUUCGGCCACCGGCGCCUGCUGUCAGAGAGUCGGUGUUGAAUGGAGAGCGCUGCGCUUCACCUGUCUCAGACGAGGUGAAGCAGCAGCUGCGCUCGCUCCUGGAUUCAUGCAUGACCCGGGAAAACCUCUGCUCCGACUUGUACCUCAAGUCUCAGAUGGAUGGAGACCAGUUCCUGCCCAUCUCCACCCUGGCCAGCCUGGACCAGGUCCGGAGUGUCAGCGAGGACGUGGACCUGAUCUCAGAGCUGCUGAGAGAUCUGCCCUCGGUGCAGCUGUCCCCCUGUGGCCUCAAGGUCCGGCCCAACCAGAGCAGAAGAGUCCUGAUCCUGAGAGAGGUGCCUGAGAGCACGCCCAGAGAGGAAGUGGAAUCCCUCUUCAACGCAGAGAGUCUUCCAAAGUUCCUGAGCUGUGAGUUUGUGAGCAAUGACAACUGGUUCAUCACCUAUAGCUCUGAGGCCGACGCCCAAGAGGCGUACACGUACCUGAGGGAACAGGUGAAGGUGUUCCAGGAUAAGCCCAUCAUGGUCCGGAUCAAGGCCAAGGCCAUGGUGCCCAACCCCUACCCUCCACAGAACAGCUGUGGGCCCCAGGAGGAGGCCAGCGGCCCCUACAGGAUGUACUCAGCAGCCGCCUGUCAGCAGCAGUGUCCGGGCCGCCUGCCUCACCUGUACCACUUCAGCACUGAACCCUGGAGCUCUGAGCCUCAGCAGCUGAUGAGCAGCUUCCCCGACUUCAGGCCUUGGGUCCCCAACAGGUCCAGAAAGGGGGGUCGGGUGUCAGGUUCCGAUCGUAGGCGGAGCCUAAACGAGGUCGACGCACCGGAGGACCAGCCGAUGUGGCCUCCCAUGUCAGGCCGCGGCCAGUCCCGAGUCCAUGCUCGCUGUCCCAGGGGAGGACAGGCGGAGCCUGGGAACGGCUCGCUCCUGGGAGACAGAGGAAGAGCGCCGUCCGCCCACAAGAGGAGAGGCAACUUCAGGUCCAGCAGGCUGCCUGAGACCAAUGGAGUGGCUCCUCGUCAGCUCUCACCUCCUCCUGAGCUCGGCCCAGCGAGCUUCCCACCCCUGCCUUCCACCAACCCCCCUGGACAGACGGCGUCUGCUGACUGCACUGGGGAGACGUCCAUAAAAAGCUACAGACCAAAAGUGACUCUGGAGGCCCCUGCAGAGUGUGACAGGGAGGAGGUCGCGGAGAGCAGCAGCCGGGACCAGGCGGCUGGCCCAGUGGAUCCCACCUCUGAGUCCAGGAAGCUGAGCUACGCCCAGAUCUGCCAGAGAGCCUCCACCCUUGACCACACCUCCGCGGUGAUGGAGUGAUCCUCGACCUGCGCACCAGAGCCGUCGCCGCUGGAGCCGCAGACUGGCGUCACGUGGACUUGUUGUGCUGUACAUAGUUGUGUCUUUCCUGCAGUUGGUGAGCUCGAUCUGCAUGCUUUAUCUAGCAGGUGUUCCUCAGUGUUCCUGAGGGCUGGGGCCGUUCCUCCCCAGACAUGUCCUGUGUGUUCUGAAGACCUGACCUCUCUGGUUGUGGGGCAGGUCUGUGCAGCUGUUUGUUCUCCCAUUAAACCAGUGCCUUUCAACUCCCGAGUCCUGGUGGCAGCUGGAGGAGGGAGGUGCAGCCAGAGUGUCCCAGUCUGGUCAAGCUCACGCAGGAGCUCGCUCCUGGCUGCUGUGAGCUGCCUUGCUCCGGUACCGCCCGGCCCUCGCCUGCUAGCUUACUCGCCAGAUUGGGCUUUCAUCUGUGACCUGCUGGUUUCUCACGACGUAGUGACACUUGACUUUUUUGACGGUUUGUUAUGAGCCCUGUUGAUCGCUCACACUUCACUCAGCCACUCUGCUGCCCUUGUGUUUCCUCUUCUGCCAUGUAGCAUGGACCAAUCCACGGCGACGUCGUCGUCGCGUGCGUGCGUGCGUGUGCGUGUGUGCGUGCGCGCGCAUCUGCGAGCAUGUUUUGCCAGACUGGUGAGGACCAAGUCUUGACAACACUUGACAGUGUUUGAGACUUAAGACCUAACAAGUGAGUUCUACUCUUGUGCCAACAGAGAUGGACAAGUCUGAAAGUGUGGCUGGAGCUUCAGUGAGCUCAGCCUGAAUGAGGAGCAGGGGUUCUUGGCCUCUCUGAGCCCACUUUUCCCAGAACAAAUGGGCCCGGGACCCGUUCACACAAGUGAUUGGUGACUCUUGAUUUUAUCUGUGAUCAACAACCAUUUUUCAUCUACUUACACCUGAACAAAGCAAAACCUUGUGAAAUGACAUGAAGCCAUGUGAUCAGUGCAAAAGAUAUUGAUUUGUCAAGGCAAAGUCCAACCAGCAGCAGAAAAAAUGGCAAACUGAAUCAAAUUAAUAUCAUAAAACCCUGUCUAAAUAUGGUAAAAUAACUCCAUCCAGAAGAUAGAAGCAUAGUGUCGCCAUGAAAUGUACCGGUCAUCUCCAGAGCUGCGUCAACAGUUGCUUUCAUGAACAUGGUUCCUUGUCACCAACGUGUCCUUCGUUCUUGACUCGGUUCAGUGACUCGCUGCUGCCUCCGCGCGUGGCUCAGGGGUUGGCCCACCACGAACCACAGCUCUCACGGUCGUACGCGCAAAGUGAUGAGCGAAGGUGGCCGCGUGAACAGCUGGCUUCCACAGUGGACUGCACCUCGGGCCGCUGGCCAGCAGGGGGCGGGGCAGUCCCACCACUCUCACUCGUU